AUGUCUAUGAUGACAACACGGAAAGAGGACUCUGGAUCACCGUCUAAAACUUCGCAGGAGUGCAACAGGACCCCUGACUCUUGUGUCCAAAAGGAAUGGAGGGAUUUGAUCGUGCAGCAAUAUUCAGAUCUAGACCUCAGCCACCCGCAAGAUCGCCUCCCAGCUCUUGCAGCGAUCGCUGAACAAAUACAGACAUCCCGUUGUCACGAGCGCUACUUGGGUGGCCUGUGGUCUGGGAGCAUUCUUGAAGACCUGCUUUGGCAUUGUUACUAUUUUGGAGCAUGGAAGCAGCCAUUGCAGAAGAAUGCCUUGGGCCGAACGGACCCUCGGUUACCGACAUGGACUUGGGCAUCUUUGACAGUCGGCGUCAUGUACGACCCCCCAAGUGGACUGUCGCGCGAGGUUGUGAAAUACGUGGCAGAUGUGCUCAAAGCAGAAUGCAAAUACUCCGAAAACAGCCGAUUUGGUGAGUUGGAGAGCAGCGAUUUGGUCAUACGAGGCAGGGUCUUGCAAUGUUCAAUAGGAUGGAUUCCCGAGGAACACAUAAGGCAAUACACCCUGGACGGCUACGAGCGCUUCUGGCUGUUUCAUCAAUCCAACGGAGGAGUGUCUCCAUUCAGUACUCAGUCCAAGUCCCUGCACAUCGACCAUGAUGAGUCCGGUUUCCAGAGCGUUGAUCAGCGUCAAGAUGCAUUUGUGCUUGAAUUGAUACAAACAAUUACGACUAGACGCCAAGGACAGGGAAACGAAGAGGUGAUCAAAGAUCAAAACAAGAAUCUCAAAGGGCUUGAAAAUGAAGUCGUCAAUGAAGCAAGCGAGCUUCUCCACGGCCACAGUGACAGCGCGCCGGGUUUGGAAGAGUAUGACAAUAGGGGAGAGCAUAAGCGUGGGGAGAACAGCGAAAUAGUCUACAGAGGAUUGGUCCUUCGCCGUGAUAACAAAAGCGGAGGAAUGUAUUAUAGGGUCGGCAUGAUCGAAUGGUUUAGUGGUCAGGCUCUUAGCAAGAUCUUUGAAGAGUAUAGUACUCUUGAGGUCUGCGAUAUCCAUUAG